AUGGAGAACCUCGACGGACUAAUUGGAAAAUUGCGCUUGUAUGUUAAUGUGAAAUCACAUCACACCGCCACUCCUGAGGCACUAGAGCAUUUUGUGAGGGGAGAAAUGCCAUUCUGGACAAGUCAGGAUACUCGCAAUGCUCUCAUGUCUACCAUGGUUCCUGGUGGAGCCGCAGUUGCUGCCUUCGCUGUAUUCGCAAGAGACAAGGAAGUUGUGGAUUGGUGGACGAAAGUGAAAAAGCCCAAGUGGGCCCCAACGGAUGUGCGACUAUAUUCCGUCAUGGACAUAAUCGCCCUCUCACCGCUUGGGUAUGCAUCUUACCUCGUCUAUAAAAAUGGUGGAGGUUUCGACUACACCGACACUCGUCUUGCUCUGGGAUUAUACGGUGCCAACAUGGCGCUCGCAUUGACUACCAUCCCUCUGGUUAAGAAGAAAAAUCUUGGAUGUUUGUGGAAGAACACUCUUCUCGUUCACUUGACUGCAGCAGGAGCAGCUUUUGCGUUUUACAAGAUUGACAAAACUGCUGGUUUGUGGAUGAUUCCUUAUGCUCUCUGGACUGGUUUUUACGCCUUCCUUACAUAUUCGAUUGACAAGGAGAACAAGUGCAAGAUGAGCAUCGUGUACAAGAAGGACGAUGGCGUUGAGAACGAAGAUGUAUGGGACGAUACUGAGCUGAUCAAAAUGUAUGAGGAUUGUGUGAGCGCAACUUACAGCAAACUUGGAGUUGCUGCUACAACAAGCAGCUGGAAUGUAGGAGACCGUUGUUUGGCUCGAUAUAGUGAAGAUGACUUAUACUAUCCUGCAAAAAUUGUGGAAACAGGUCAAAAAGACUCUCAAACUGAAUACCUGGUACUUUUUGAAGGGUACGGCAACUCCGAAUGGGUGUCAGCUGAUGAUCUAGUGGCGGCAUCGUCCGAUGACGGUUCACAGGAAGAUGGCAAUGUGACUAUGGACAGUGCUCCAGAUGACACACCAGUUAAGUCACAUUCUGUGAAGGUUACCAAGGCUAAGAAAGAAAGGUCACUGCGGAAAGGAACAUCUAAUGCAAGUAGAACGGGUCACUCAAGCCGUUCCCAUCCUUCUAUCCCAUCAAUAGCUCCUCCUCCUCCUAUGGUCAUGCCUAGACUUGGGGUGCCAGACGAGGCCGAAGCGUUGUCAAGUAUGCUCAUGGCAUGGUACAUGAGCGGCUAUCACACGGGGUACUACCAGGCUAUCAGAGACAUGAACUCGAACAGCUGA